GAGACCAAAAAUAAUUCGCCAAAUUGCCACUGACGUUUCAAACCGAACAUGGCCGCGAUCUACUUGUUCUGCUCGCAAAACAGAUGAGAACUCAAUUCAAACGAUAAAUUAGAAGCAUAUUUUUUAUACAAAAUGGCUUAUUUAUUUCAACCCGAUUACGUGCGGUAUGUCUGUAGCUGCGGGUCGUUGAAGUCCAUUGCCAAGAUUUAUUUCUGCAGGCACUGUUUGAGUGUACGGUGUGGUUAUUGUGUCUGUCAUGAGGUGGAUUCCUAUUAUUGUCCAAAUUGUUUGGAAAAUCUACCUCCGUCAGAAGUUCGGUUGAAGAAAAACAAGUGCUCCAAUUGUUUCGAUUGUCCCUGCUGUUCUCAAACAUUAUCGAUACGAUCUGGACAAGUAUUGGUAAAACCAGCACAACCUCCUGGUGAAGGGGUGGAAACCAAACCAGCAACAAAGAAAGUUUAUUAUUUAGGUUGUUCACUGUGUAGGUGGAGUUCUAGAGAUGCUGGUAUUCCUGAUCAAACCAUGGCAACGGGAAGUUGGAAAGAACAAGAAAAUCCCCAUGCAAACAGGAUAACAGCUUUAAUCAAUUAUCACAAGAUUUUAGCUUCCAUUGAAAAACAACAGAAGGAGAGGAAAAAGUUCCAAACAAAGAGGACCUUUUUACAGUUUGAAAAAUUUGGAAUUACCUCAGUGAUGGCUCGUAAACUUUCUGGUCGACCUAAUGUACCUCAACCCCAAGCACAAACAAGUGAUCAACCACCGCCUUCAGUAGCUAGUGAAGAAGUAGAAGAACUCCCAUCUGAUAUUUUUACAAAGACUGUGGAUAUAACGAAAAUCACAACUUUAGAUCAAAGGUUGCAGCAUCCGGAAUUACAAGCUGAAUUUAUUAAUGAAUUGAGACCUCAGAGAAAACAAUUCAUUGUAAAAAGAUCUCAGCGUUGCAGAUCUUGUGAACACAAUGUCAGUAAACCGGACUUUUGUCCAACAUCAACCAAGUUCAAGAUACAACUAGCAGCUUUCUACCAUGUUCCAGAAAUACGCAUUGUUACAUGUGAACCUCUACGCCUUGGAAAAUCAAGUGAACUGCUACUAAAAUUUUGUAAUCCCACUCAGCAUCAAACGCAAAUUAUGCUUUUACCUCUAGAUACCCCUUUGGCACCGACAACAACAACAAUACAAGGUGUAAAAGAAGAAAUCAAACGUGAAAAUGUUCAGAUGGGUUGUGAUUCUCCUAAUUUAUUACCUUCUGCUGUUCGUCAAACGGCUGUGAUUGAAGAGCCAAGGCCAAUAACGAUCAUCCCUAGUGGUGAUGCAGUAUUACCCACAAGUUCUUUUAUAUUACCCCCUAAAGAUGAUACUGCUGAAUACGAUGAUCCGACUGAUACUCAUAAUUUCCAAGAUGAUCCAAAGUUGAUGGUAUGGAGAAAAGGUAAUAAGGCUGUCAUUCGAUUACAUGUGUUGCCUUAUGUGGAUAAAGAAAGGAGAGCAGAAGAUGAACCCAUUGUCAUUGGAUUUGUUAUGCAAUAUGGUUAUGUGAAUACAAUAGCGACGUGCGAACACAAGGCUCCACAAAAACUGGACCUAAAAGUAAAAUUAUUCUUAACGCUUGGAAAUUUAGUAGGCACAUCAUAACACUUUCUUAUGCAAUUGUCUAAUAAAAUCAAUGAUAUACUCCACUACAAUCAUGUAUUGACUAAAAAUCUGCAUUUUUAUAAUUUAAAUUUUUCAAAUAUGUUAAUUUUUUUUUGUUAAUAACCAUUUAAUCUACACUUUUGUUAUGUUAAUAAUCAUGAUUUCUAAAAAAAUAUAUUUAUUUACGACAUUUCAGCGUGUUUAAUGAAUUUUCCAUGAAAGUUAUGACCUUAACAUACAGGAGAGGGAAAUAAAUGUAAAAAAUAUUGAAUAAAAGAAAUUUUUUUAAACGUU